UUAAAAUGCUGGUUACAACACCUUGUUUCGUCGUGUGACUUUUGAUAUCAAAAGAUAAUAUAGAGAUCUAGAAGAGUGAUGGAUCUGUUUUGUCACAGGCCGAUAUCUGAUGUUUCUAGCGAUCUCACAAUCGACGUAGGAGGAACAAGCUUUGCACUUCAUAAGUUUCCUCUUGUUUCUAAAAGUGGAAGAAUCAGAAAAAUGUUAAUGGAAGCUAAAGACUCGAAAAACAUACGUCUAAACCUUCAUAAUGUACCUGGUGGAUCAGAAUCAUUCGAGCUUGCAGCAAAAUUUUGUUAUGGCAUAAACAUUGAAAUCAAUCUAGUAAAUGUCGCUAAGCUGCGUUGCACCUCUCAUUUUCUAGAAAUGACAGAAGAAUACGCAGACAAGAAUCUAGAGACCCGUACAGAAACAUUCUUGAAAGAAACUGUUUUUCCUAGUAUAACAAAUUCAAUUUCAGUUUUACAUCACUGUGAAACUUUGUUACCGGUCUCAGAAGAGAUACAUUUGGUCACUAAACUUAUAACUGCUAUAGCAAAUAAUGCUAGUAAAGAGCAGUUAACUUGUGGGUUGUCAAAAUUAGAAAGUAAUUAUCCUUCCAAACCGAUUUUGUUAUCUGAAUCCGAAAACUGGUGGGGGAAAUCUUUGACGGUCUUAAAUCUUGAAUUUUUUCAAAGAGUGUUGACAGGAGUGAAGACAAAAGGUCUAAAACAGGACAUGAUUGCGAAAAUUUUAAUGAAUUAUGCGCAUAAUUCUCUUCAAGGUUUGUUUUUGAGAGAUCCUCAGCUUGUAAAAGGGAGUUUUUCGGAUUUGGAAUCUCAGAAGAAACACAGAGUGAUUGUGGAAGUGAUAGUUGGGUUGUUACCUACGCAAUCACGAAAAAGUACUGUCCCAAUGGCGUUUUUAUCGAGCUUGUUGAAGUCUUCGAUAAUGGCAUCUACUUCUACUGCUUGUAGAUGUGAUUUGGAGAGACGAAUUGGGCUACAACUUGAUCAAGCUAUACUUGAAGACAUAUUAAUACCGGCGAAUUCUCAUGGUAACAACCAUGGUCAACUUUAUGAUACUGACUCAAUAUUUAGGAUAUUUUCGAUUUUCUUAAACUUGGAUGAAGAUGAUGAUGAUGAUAAUAAUCAAAUGAGGGAUGAAAGUGAAAUGGUGUAUGACUUUGACACGCCUUCGUCCCCAAAACAGAGCUCGAUUGUCAAAGUUUCGAAGCUACUUGAUUGUUUUCUUGCUGAAAUUGCGAUUGAUUCGAAUUUGCCUGCUUCAAAGUUCAUUGCACUUGCAGAAUUGCUCCCAGAUCAUGCUAGAUUGGUGAAUGAUGGUCUUUAUCGAGCCGUAGACAUCUUUUUGAAGGUUCACCUGAAUCUAAAGGAAUCAGAGCGUUACAGGCUGUGUAAAACAAUCGAUUGUCAAAAACUGAGUCAAGAAGCGUGUAGCCAUGCGGCUCAGAAUGAACGUCUCCCAGUACAAAUGGCGGUUCAAGUGCUCUACUUUGAGCAAAUAAGGCUUAGAAAUGCAAUGAAUGGAGGCCAUAAUCACCUUUUUUUUGGAUCAUUAAACACCCAGUUCCCACAGCGCUCUGGUAGCGGUGCAGGAAGUGGGUGUAUUUCUCCUAGGGACAACUAUGCAUCCGUUAGAAGAGAAAACCGGGAACUAAAACUAGAAGUAACCCGAAUGAGAAUGAGGCUUACAGAUCUAGAAAAAGAUCAUGUUUCAAUGAAACAAGAACUCGUGAAGUCUCAUCCUGCAAACAAGUUGUUUAAAUCACUGACGAAGAAAUUGGGGAAACUAAAUUCUUUGUUCAGGUUUAAAGAUGCCAGGGGCGUUGGAAGUAGACCGGGUUCUGAAAGUCGGUUCUUGUUUCAGAAACGAAGGCGUAACUCCAUUGCGUGAUUGUUUUCUCGACAACACUUUUAAUUUUCACUUGUGUGAUUGUGAAUACCAAAGAGUGUGUAUAGUAGUACCAGUGAUUUUUGUUUGAUGUGAGGUUUUUUUUUGGUGUUAAAAGUAUUACAUACUUGUUUAGAAUCACUUAAAAGUUCGAAUUCAAAGUUCA